AUGGUGAAUUACGUUAAUCCGCUCGCCAUGUACCAGGGCAAGGGCGGUCAAUACGGUGCAGGGGGGUGGUACGGCUGGCAGCACCAAAACUUUGAAGAGCAGCAAUGGUGCGCCUGGAACGGUGCGCCAGCCGGAGAAUGGCCUUCCGAUCCUCAUCAUUUCAAGAGGGAGCCGGGGGAAAGAGAUAUAGCGGAAAUGCCAUCACCGGCACGAGGAGACCUAGCAAGUCCUGGGGAAGGGUCGCCUGGCUCAAGACCGUCGCAACCGCCGGCGCCGCCGCGCUCGCCGUAUGAAUGGAUGAAAAAACCCAGCUACCAGUCUCAGCCAAAUCCAGGUUUUUAUUUUUAUCUACCUCCU